CAAGGUCAUCGGCUAGUGAGUUGUCUUUUCUAGGGUUUCGCGUGUCAUUUUCGUAAAUCUGCAGCUUUCAAGUGAUCUUGCUAAAGUCUUCGAAUUAGCUGAGAAACGGUAUUAAAUCUGCGAUUCUUGAAGUGAAAAGAAAUUUGCUUCAUUUUUACCGUUAGUGGCAAGUUUGAAGAGCGGUGCUUAAUGGACUUCGUAAAUAAUGCAGUGGAAAGCGGAAAUAACUCCUUUUUCGAAAUGAAGUUAAAUUAUCACUUCUGCGUAGCCUGUGUGGUCUCUCCUCACUAGCUAUACUGUUUCUGCACUUUAAGGAUUUUACAACCAUAUGAUUUCCGCUCUUUAUGCAUUAUUACUGCAACAUUAGGACAUUUUCGUAGCCAUUCAUUCAGUACAUUGCAUUGGAAGCAAUGAUGGUGAAGGAUAAGAAUCGUCCGAAACCGCCAAUGACACCAUAUGCAUGCUUUGUACAAGUUAUACGUGAAGAGCAUAGAAAAAAGCAUCCAACUGAAAAUGUUAUUUUCAGUGAAUUUUCUAAAAAAUGCGCUGAGAAAUGGAAGCUCAUGACUGUAGAACAAAGAAAAUGUUUCGAAGAGAUGGCAAAAUUGGAUACAGAACGCUUCAAUCGUGAAAUGGCUCAUUAUGUCCCACCGACUGGAAUGCGACGUGGUCGUAGGCGAAGGCGGAUCAAAGAUCCUGGUAUGCCUAAACGUUCAUGGUCCGCGUUCUUCUUCUUUUGUGAUGCAUUUCGAUCGAAAAUUCGUAGUGAACAUCCAGAUUGGAAAGUUAGUGAUAUUGCCAAAGAGUUGGGUAGACGAUGGGAAGAGUGUACUGACAAAGAGAAAUAUGAACGACGUGCUCAAAAUGAUAAAUUACGUUAUGAACAAGAUAUGCAAAAAUACAAGGCUGGCUUAUAUGUAGCGACAAAACGUGCUCGAAUUGACGAACAAAACACCACAGAACUACUCCCGCCAAGUACACAUGAUCAUCAGAUGAUAAGUCAACAAGCGUUAGUAGUAGGUGAAACAAGUCAAAUUAUCAUGUCAAGAGAGGAAUCUGUUACAGGGGUGGUGAGUAGUGGAGUUGAAGACGAUGAAGAAGAGGAGGAAGAUGAGGAAGAGGAUGAAGAAGAGGAAGAGGGUGAGGAAGAAGAAGGUGAUGAUGAAGAACACGAAGAUGAGGAAGACGAUGAAGAAGAGGAUGAUAAUAGGGAUGCUGAACAGUCAAGAGGUAAUCCGCAUGGAAUACACCAUCUUAGCCAUAAUAAGACAUCGGAUGGUCGUCAAAUGGUCACCAAUGAGACGAAUAAUAAUGCUAUCAUGAAUACAGGAAAUUAAAGUAGGUGUGUGUGUGUGUGUGUGUGUGUGGGGUGGGUGGGGAGAGGAGUUCGUUGCUUUUACUACGUUACUUACUUCUGUAAAUUUCACUUUUGUUUUUAAAUUGGAUCUUUCUUUCUAUUUACAUCAUAUUAUAUAAUAUUCAUAUUUUUGUGGUCUUUUUCUACUUAAAAAUCAUACACAUAUAUCAAAUUGCAUUUACUUUGUGCUAUUUUUUUGAUUUUUCCGAUCUUUAUUGGUAUUAUUAAUAAUAUUAUUAUUACUGCUUUUAUUUUCACUCUAGCACUCUUAAUAUUUUAUUGACGUCAUGUCGAUAUGGUCGUGAUUUCGACGUUUCUGUCCUUGUGUGAAUAGACUAAUAAACAUGAACACACACCUCAAUUAAUUUAUACCUCAUUGUAAAUACAUUCAAACAUGUGUGCUUGUGCUGUUUGUUAUAUUCUCUCUUCUUUUUUUGUCUGAAUCCUCCCUCAGAACUGUGUAACAUUCAGCUUCCCGAAGGAUAAUUGAAAUAGAUGGAUAAUGGCGGUUGGGGUUGAGGAUCGGGAAGGAAGAGCAGAUUGUAGAGUUGUAUGCUUUACACAAUACCUAUUGUCCUGUAAUAGUGUUAUUCUCUUGCUUUCUCUUGAUUGUCUUUUCUUUGUUACCGUUAUAGUGGAUCUUUUUUUCUUUCUUCAUAUAUUGAUUAUUUUAAUUUAAAAAAAAUUUUUUUUUGACUUCAAAUUGCAUGAAUAGCUUUCAACAUAGUGAUUGUGAUAAAUAUAAAGCCGAUAUCCCAUUGGGGAGAGAGUGAUACAGAGAAAAAAGUGAUUGUUACAGAAUUUUUAAUUGUUUUUAUUCUAGGCAUUUUACUUUUAUCUACACGUGUCUUUACGCAUACAGGUAUAAAUACAUACAUACAUACAGAUAGACACAUUUCGAUAAAACAAAUAUAUGUACAUUAAUAUUUCCUUUU